GUGGGGCAUCUUUUCUAAGCGUGCAUCAAUUUGCACUACGGCCAUGUGUUGUACCAGUACCUCCAACCAGUGUCUCCGAUCGAUACCUUGAGGCUUGGCCUCCCGGGAGCAUCCAUCACUAGCGGCUGCACACGCGAAAUUGCCGGUUACUUGUACCCCGCGUAUCAUCCGGUUUAUGUUCAUCCAGACGUGUCAGAAUUAGUACCUAUCCAAGCUCUUGCCGUCGUGCUGCUCGUUCCCGGAUCGAAUCAAUUCGUCGACCACCUCUUCAACCAAGUUCACGCGCCCAGACCAUGCGGCAGAGGAUCAAGCAACUCGACCUAGACGGUCGCGAGGGCCACGAUGCCAUUUUUGAGGCCUCCUACCUGGAUGAUAUUCCGGCCGCCUUGGAGGAAUGGGGAGCGUCUCGCAUCCUACUAGUCGUGAGCACGACCCUCGACACCAAAACAUCUAUGAUCAAAGACUUGGAGGCCCGGCUAUCCCAUUGUGUGCUACAAAAGAAAACGGGAGUGGGAAGUCACUCCCCGUACCGGGACAUCAUGGAUAUUGCCCAUACCAUUCAGUCACACGGCACUCAGGCCGUCAUCUCUAUCGGGUCCGGUUCCUACUCCGACGCAUGCAAGAUCGCCGUCAUGCUCAGUGCGACUCUCCCAGCCGGCUUCGGCACUGACGAUAUGGAAGCCCUGGUCGAUCAGGUUUACGGUCUGGCUGGCCCCGACGGGAUCAAAGCACCCACCACCAAGCUCAUCUGCGUGCCGACCAGUCUCAGCGCCGGGGAGUGGAACCACUAUGCCAGCGGCACCAAUGCUCAGGGCAAGAAACAGCACUUUGUGCAUCCCGAGGGAUCCCCGAGCUUGAUCCUGAUGGACCCGCGGAUCGCCAGUACCAUGCCCUCGCACCUGUGGCUGGCGUCGGGUGUGCGGGCUGUGGAUCAUUUCGUGGAGACACUGUGCAACCCUGAGUGCCACGAGGAAGCCACGGAGCACAUCAAGAAAGCGCUGCCAAUCCUGAUCCGGGGUCUCAAGGAUUAUCACACCGGUCAGGAAAAGCAUGAUGAAGAGGAAUUGCUUAAAGGCAUUUCGGAAUGUCAGCGCGGCUCACGAGACGCUCUUCUACCCUUCAUUCAAUGGAAGAUUCAUAUGGGGCCAAGCCAUGCGAUCGGCCAUCAACUCGGAAGUGUCGCUGGUGUGCAGCAUGGAGUAACGAGUUGCAUCAUCUUACCCGCGACGUUGCGAUACACCAAGCCUCAAACCACGGCUGCCCAGGAGAUAAUCCUCGACAUCUUCAACUCGGUGUUGGGGUUCCAAGAGACUGAAGCCGCUGACGCUAUGUUACGAUUUGUGCAACUCCUGGGGAUGCCAUCCCGGCUGUCCGAGGUCAACGUGACCAGUGACGAGCAGUUGCACAAGAUUGCCGAUAUGACUUUGACCGACGUCUUGGCAGAAAAAGGGAACCUGCCGGACAGAGCUGGUGUGCUGCAGAUCCUCGAAAUGGCUCGGUAAACAAGUAUUAUGCGGCGGGUCGACGGAGGCGUCUUCAAUUCCCACUUCGUCGUACUAUGCUUCUUGGAGUAUGUUCCACCACGAAGAGUGGCAGACUGCCCUAGAAGUGUAAGCUGUUCGUUUGAUCCCUUUUUGUGCUUCUGGUUUG